AUGGACAAGAAAAGCAAAAUGCAAGCAGAGAAGCACCUCACGGGAACGCUGGUCCUCUCUGUCUUCACCGCGGUGCUGGGCUUCUUCCAGUAUGGCUACAGCCUGGGUGUCAUUAACGCCCCCCAGAAGGUGAUCGAAGCGCACUACGGGCGUGUGCUGGGCAUCGCCCCCCUGCACACACACCCCACCAACGGCUCCGGGGAGGACAUCACCCAGCCCAGCACCGAGCAGCCCUGGGCGGGCACCGAGCCCACGCUCGCUCCCCUGGACGAGGACCCCGCAGCCUCCCCGCACCUGCUCACCAUGUACUGGUCGCUCUCGGUGUCCGUGUUCGCCGUGGGCGGGAUGAUCUCCUCCUUCACCGUGGGCUGGAUCGGCGACCGCCUCGGCAGGGUGAAGGCCAUGCUGGUGGUGAACGUGCUGUCCAUCGCCGGGAACCUGCUCAUGGGACUGGCCAAACUGGGGCCGUCUCACCUGCUCAUCAUCGCUGGGAGAGGCGUCACGGGGCUGUACUGUGGGCUCUCCUCUGGCCUCGUGCCCAUGUACGUCAGCGAGGUCUCUCCCACGGCCCUCCGAGGAGCGCUGGGGAUGUUGCACCAGCUCGCCAUUGUCACGGGGAUCCUCAUCAGCCAGGUCCUUGGACUAGACUUUCUCCUGGGCAACGAUGAGAUGUGGCCGCUGCUCCUCGGCCUGUCCGGCGUGGCUGCCCUCCUGCAGUUCUUCCUGCUCCUACUGUGCCCCGAGAGCCCCCGAUACCUUUACAUCAAACUGGGGAAGGUGGAGGAAGCUAAAAAAAGUUUGAAAAGGCUCAGAGGAAACUGUGACCCAAUGAAAGAGAUUGCUGAGAUGGAAAAGGAAAAGCAAGAAGCUGCUAGUGAAAAGAAAGUCUCCAUAGGGCAGCUUUUCACCUCUUCGAAGUACAAGCAGGCUGUCCUCGUGGCACUGAUGGUGCAAAUAUCCCAGCAGUUCUCAGGGAUCAACGCGAUCUUUUACUACUCCACAAACAUUUUUGAGCGAGCGGGCGUGGAGCAGCCCGUUUACGCAACCAUCGGCGUGGGAGUGGUGAACACCGUCUUCACCGUUAUCUCCGUCUUGCUGGUGGAGAAGGCGGGCAGGCGGUCGCUGUUCCUGGCUGGUUUGAUGGGCAUGUUAAUAAGCGCCGUGGCCAUGACUGUUGGACUUGUGCUUCUGAGCCAGUUUGCCUGGAUGAGCUACGUCAGCAUGGUUGCCAUCUUCCUCUUCGUCAUCUUCUUCGAAGUGGGGCCCGGGCCCAUCCCCUGGUUCAUUGUAGCCGAGCUGUUCAGCCAAGGCCCGCGGCCUGCUGCCAUCGCCGUCGCCGGCUUCUGCAACUGGGCCUGCAACUUCAUCGUGGGCAUGUGCUUCCAGUACAUCGCGGACCUGUGCGGGCCCUACGUGUUCGCCAUCUUCGCCGCUCUGCUCCUCGCCUUCUUCCUGUUCGCCUACUUCAAAGUGCCGGAGACCAAAGGGAAAUCCUUCGAGGAGAUCGCAGCCGUGUUCCGCCGCAAGAAGCUGCCGGCCAGAGCCAUGACGGAGCUGCAAGAGCUGCGGGCCGGCGAGGAGGCGUAG